CCCGUUGCCAUGGUGACGCUGCGGCCUAGCUCAGAUUUUGAUGGCAAUGGAGCCUGAGCCUCCUGUUCCUCCUCCUUCGUCCUGCUGCUCCAAGCCGGCCACCGCUGCCGUAGGGCACCUGCAGGGUGUGGAAAAGCAGCUUCAAAAUGAAGGACUUGCAUUUAACAAGGAAACUAUGGAUCACCUUGAAGAUGCUAUUAAAGCCAUUAAAGAACUGGAAGAAGAACGAAAGCAUACGAUUGAAUUGUUGGAAGAGGAGACCAUAAAAAAUUGCAACCUCCGUGUCAGAAUCAAACAAUAUCCAGAGAUUGUCAUAAAAGAGUUUGAAGAACUUGUGGCUGCUGCCCAUCGAUUUCAUUUUCACAAGUUAAGUGAAGUAGAGAUUUCCGUUAGCAAAGCUGUCAGUGCAGUGGAAUCAACGUACUCAAGGCAGGAACUCUCUGAAGAAGAAAAUGUUGUAUUGUGCCAUGAGGAAGCAGAGUUGUGGGUCAAACACCAAGAAAUUAUUGAACUAGUGAACCAACAAUUGUCAGAAAAACAUGCUGUCAAUAUUGAGAUAAAUCAACUUCACAACAUGACAAGAGAAGAAAGGGAAGAAAUUGUCAGACAAGAGAGUGCUAUCCAAGAACUGAAGACAAUAAUGGAGACUGAGGCCAUAGAGUUUAGAGAGAGAAAAACGAUACUAGAUGAACAGGUAAGCCUCCAAGUGGAGGGGGUCCCGGUGGAGGAGGUGGACCACCAGGAGGCGGUGGUGGGGGCGGCGGUGGUGGGAGCAUUCCACCAGGAGGUGGUGGUGGUGGAGGAACUGGGAGGAGAGAUCCCAGAGAGGAUGCAGGUAAAGGGCCCCCAGGAGCACCAGGUGGCAACUUUUGCCGGCCCCUGA